AUGGACGCCCAAGUCGCAUUGGCCCGGUCAUUCGUUAUGGUGGCGAUGGCUGGGGAAAGUAAGCCCGCAGUCUAUUAUCACCAAGGUUCCGACUUCGUCCUCCUAGACAUGCUCAAGAACCAGCUGGCGUAUCUCCCCGACCUCAGCGAUCUUCGGCCCGAGGCCAACAUCGAAGAUGCGAUCGUCGGUGAGCCCGGGGAGUCGAACCCCAAAGAGGAGGAGAGGCUCCGGACCGUCCUCCGGAAGCACCGAAUGAUUUUCUUAGGAGACGGGAAUGCGCUUCCUCCUCCGACCCGGGGCGUCGUGUGCGACCUGGAGGUUGGUGACGCAAAACCCAUUUCCAUGCGGUCCCGGAGGAUUCCUGCCGACUUACUGUCCAAGGUGUACGAGUUGCUCAAGCGUCUCCUGGAAACCGGUUUGAUCGAGUAUUCCGACUCGGAGUGGGCAUCGGCCAUCGUCCUCGUGAUGAAGAAGAACGGUACCGAUGUCCGCUUAUACAUCGACUACCGGUUGGUGAACCAGUUAAUCAAGCUGAUGAACUACCCCCUACCCCUAAUCGACGAACUCAUGAGCAACUUCGCCACCACUAUGUGGUUCAUGACUCUGGACAUGGCGAGCGGGUUCUGGGCGGUACCAAUGACAGCCCGAGCUCAGCUGACCUCGGCCUUCAUUUGCCUGCUCGGACACUUUCAGUGGAAGCGCAUGCCGUUCGGGCUGAAGAAUGCCCCUCUGAUCUACCAACAG